GGUUAACAAGAAUAAAAAGAACAAACUAACCGAUUACACCAAUUAAAGGAGCUUUUGAAUGUUAAUUAAAAAAUUACUUUUCUAAAUAACUCACUCAUAGUUCAGGUUAAAGUGGUGCAAGCAACUGAGAAAAUGAAUAAAAUAUCAAUAAAUGGACCACUAUUAUCCAUAAUUAGUUACUGUUUCGCAUCAAUUUCAAUGACGAUUAUAAACAAGUAUAUCGUCUCUGGUGAACAUUUCAAUAUGAACCUUCUGUUAUUAUCAAUACAAUCAAUAGUUUGUAUAUUGACAGUUUACAUUUUAAAGUUAUCAGGUUUCAUAAAUUAUAAAGAUUUCAAUCUAGUUGAUAUAAAGAAUUGGUUCCCAGUCAGCUUCUCACUCGUUUUAGUUAUUUAUACAGGUUCAAAAGCUUUACAAUUCUUAUCAAUACCUAUUUAUACUAUUUUUAAGAAUCUAACAAUCAUCUUGAUUGCUUAUGGUGAAUUAUUAUGGUUCAAUAACAAGAUUACGAGAUUAACUUCAUUCGCGUUCUUAUUAAUGGUUUUAUCAUCAGUAGUAGCUGCUUAUGAUGACUUUGAUCUGAAUGAUCUGUUUAAUAAAUCAAUGAUCGGUUACUUCUGGAUGGCUUUGAAUUGCUUAUCAUCAGCAGCUUACGUUUUGUUAAUGAGGAAAAGAAUUAAGCUUACAGGUUUCAAAGAUUGGGAUUCAAUGGCUUUCAACAAUGCUCUCUCUAUACCCUUAUUGAUCGUUUCUUCAUUAAUAAUUGAAGAUUGGUCAUUUGAUUCCCUCGAGAAAAAUUUCCCUCCAUCAAAUAGAUAUUUGUUGUUAUCGACAAUAGCAUUCUCAGGUGCAGCUGCCGUUGGAAUUAGUUAUACGACAGCCUGGUGCGUUCGUACGACCUCAUCAACGACAUAUUCUAUGGUCGGUGCAUUAAACAAGUUACCCGUUGCGGCAUCAGGUUUGAUAUUCUUCAAUGAUCCAGCUACAGUAAAAUCAGUGUCUGCGAUUAUAUUAGGUUUCAUCGCAGGAAUAAUUUACGCAAUAGCCAAACAAAAGCAAUCAAAGUCAAACAUAGAAAGUAAAGAAAGUAUUAUACCAUUGAAUAUUAAACAACAGAAAUAGAUUUGCAUUUUUAUAGAAAAAAUAAAUUUUUUAGCUUGAAAAUUAUACCCAGCUGUCGUUCUUCCUUUCAGUUAAAGUAUAAAAACUAAGAUGUCUAUCGAAGAAAUCCAAGAAAACGUAGAAAACCUCAACUUCAGUGAAGCAGGUCCUUCAAACGCUGGCACCCAAAGUCGUGCAGAGAAGAAGGCCAGACAAGCGCUCCAAGGACUUGGAUUAAAGAAGGUUCAAGGUGUCACCAGAGUUGUACUUAGACGCCCACGUAAUGUUAUGCUCGUUGCUUCAAACCCAGAAGUACACACCGCACCAGGUUCAGGUAUUCACAUUGUUUUCGGUGAAUUCAAGGUCGAAGACCCAAGCCAAAUUCAAGCAGCUUCACAAUUAGCUGACCAAGAAGGACAAGAGAAGACAGAGUCUAAGAAGCCAGAGGAAAUCAUGGCUGAAAUGGACAGCCAAGCCCAAAACAUCUCAGAAGGAAAAGGAAAGGACGUUGAAGAAGAAGGUGAGGUUGAUGAGACCGGCGUCGACGCCAAGGACAUUGAGUUGGUUAUCGCUCAAGUUGGCUGUUCACGUGCAAAGGCUGUCAAGGUUCUUAAAGAGAACAACGGUGAUUUGAUCAACGCUAUUAUGGCUGCAUCAGAGUAAAAUAUAUUUUGAAUAUACAUUAUAUUUGCGAAAUAGUCUAUUUUAAAUAAAAAAUUUAUUCAC